AUGGUUACGCAGGGGUGGUCCGCUGAUCUUUAUCAGAGACAUUGUGAUGAAAAACAAAUUCGUGAGAAGGAGAGACUGACAGUGGAUAGCCGGUUGUACAGCGUGCCAUCAGCUGAGGUAGAAGUGUACGAAUUCGCAAAAGGGCGUUCUCUGUCAUCGCGACGGGACGAAGGAGAAGAAGGAGGAGGAGGAGGAGGAGCUAAGGAUGACACCGACUGA